AUGUGCGAUCAAUUAGGAUUCAACAACAAUCAAGCAAGACCUCUUGAAAUAACUCAACAACAGCAACAGCAAAAAAUAAUAAUAGUUGGAGAAAUACAAAUGAUGGAUAUCUCAGUGAUGGAAGACUCUAAUGGAGUUUCCUCUGAGUCCAACAGUAAUCAUUCAAAUACUGGCAGUGGUGGAAGCAACACAAAUCUAUCAUCACUCUUUCCAAAUGGAAACAGAGUAUCUCGAAUGAAUGGAGGCGGCUCCAGUUCAAGUAAUUUGAAAAGUUUAUUGAAUGAAAAAGACGAUAACACCAACAAUGUAAAUGGCGGCAAUGGCGGUAGUGGAAGUGGCAACAAGAUGCUAUCAAGUUCAUCACCUCCGCUCAAUCCAAGCCGACUCAAUAGCAUUGUUGUGAGUGCAUCCAAUAGUUUCAAACGAAUCAACUCGAUCGCAAUGGGUGAUCACGGUAGUUUGGAAGAUCUCUUCAAAGGAACACACCCGCUCUUGUCUGGCGGUGGCGGUGGCAACAGCAGUACCAACUUGCUGCGCUCCAACACUCCACAUCGUAUUGAGCGUGUCAAAUCGAAAUCGAGUCUCGAAGACCUCCUCUUGGUGUCCGAGGACAACUGGCGUUCAAACACACCGAAUCGCAUAACCAACUCCAACAGUAACAGUCUCGACGACAUUUGGCGUGGACUUACAUUUUCACCAUACAAAAACAAUGUUCCAUCUUCGCAUGCCUCUUUUCUCGAAUCAGAGUCCAACGGCGACUCACACUCUGUCUCAACACCCACCUCGAUUCUGCCGUCAUUCUCAUCGACCAAUCUCAAGGAUCUAAUCACAACACCACCACCCUUGAUAUCAAACAACUCUUCAUCGUCGAUUGGCUCUUCACAAUUAAGCAACAGAUCACUGAAUUCAUUGAUUGAAUCGGUAACAAACAGCACUAGCACUUCAAAGUUGGAAAAUCUUCAACAACAAAUUCAAAAAGAUAAAGAACAAAAAGUUGAUCAUCAUCACCAUCAUAAUAAUAAUCAUCAUCAAUCAAAUAGUAAUAAUAAUAGUAAUAACAACAACAAUAAUAAUAAUAAUAAUAAUACAUCGCCAGAACUACCGUCGCCAAGGAAUAUCGAUGGUACACCACCUACAGUAUCAUCGAUUGUCCAUCCUUCACCAGUAAGGUGUUUGGCACCAUCCACACCAAAAACAAUGUCAGAUGUCGAAUCGGAUUCAAAUGAAUUUAGUGAUGUGAGUGAUGGUGCCAGCAAUACCUCACCUAUUUCACCGCAAUCCGACAGUAACGCCCCAUGGAAAACACCACAACACACAUCAACCAACUCUGGCGACAAAUUGAUACAAUCCAACAAGAAUGAACAACUUUCCAAUGUAAAUAUCAAUAAUAAUAGAUUACAACAACAACAUCAUCAUCAACAACAACAACAAGUAGCUAUUGUAAAUAAUUCAAAUCCACAACAACAACAACAACAUUUAAAUAUUCAACCACACCAACAACCAUUAUCAACGCCACCAGGUUAUAAUCCACAGUUUGCAGCACACCAAUAUCCACCACAUCAAAUGAUUGCACAACAAUAUCACUACUACUCACAUCAACAAGCUCUACAACAUCAACAGGCAAUGCAACAACAAGUUUUACAACAACAACAACAACAGCAACAACAGCAGCAGCAACAACAACAACAAGCUGUAGCCAAAAAAGAGAAAGAGAUCGAAAGACAACCAUCACCUCCAUAUAAACAAAUUUCAAACAACAACACCAAUAACAAACAACAACCAAUUAAAUCACCACUCAAUAGUAGUAAUGGUGUGAUUCCAACUACACCUUUACAAGCUCAACAGGCACAAGCUAAGCGACAAAAGAUAGAUGCCGAACUAAAGAGUAGCAGUGGCAAGCCGGAAUCACCAUUGAGUAUGUCGAGCGAAGAUAUUCCAGAGCAUUUGAAGCAGCAACAGCAGAGUAACACAACAGGAGCAGUUCUCCAACCCUAUUCACAGUAUGCCAAUGCAAUUUCAUUGGUUUCCUCAACUGACUCUGAGUCACCAUUCAAAGGCACCAUGGCAUACGGUGUAUCCACAACACCAACCUCUCCUUUCUAUGCCUAUCCAACACAAGAUCUUGCUGCUGCUGCCGCCGCCAAAAAAGACACCGACACCGCUGCCAUGUGGAAUGAGAUCAACAGACAUCUCACAAACUUGACACGCACCUCCUCGAAAGCAAUCAAAGGUCAUGCCAUUCCAUUCCACGAAAUAACAGAAGGUAUCACUUCAUGUCAUGCAAUCAUGGCUGAUCUCGCUGAGAUAAUGAAAUCCAAUCCAGAUCCAAACUAUGCUAUUUAUGUUCAAAAUGGAAGAAAGAUUAGUCCACAGAAUUUAUCAUCGAUUUCCAAUACACCAACACUUGGUAGUCAACCAAAUACUUAUUACACUUCACCAUCGAUGCAAAGUCCACAUAUGUCACCGGUUGUUCUCAGUUCAACACCACAUCCAAUUCCACACCAAGGACAGGUGUAUCCAGCCCAUUUGAUGCCAGAGUCGGUUUACUACAACUCUGCUGCGCUGAUAGGCAAGCAGAUACAGUUGUCGCCAAACUCUCUACAAAAGAGUGGUGCAAUUGGACCGCGCGACUUGAUGUACGGUAUGGUGCCAACAAAGAAACAACCACGUCGUAGAAAAGCACGAUUCGGUGAGUCGGAGCUAUCGUGUCACCAGUGUGGAGUCACCAACACUCCAGAGUGGCGUCGUGGUCCCAACGGUGCCAAAACACUGUGCAAUGCCUGUGGUCUUGCCUGGGCAAAGUCAAUCAAGAACGAAAAGCAAAAGGAGUUACUCGCUUCAACUACCGGUGUCACUGUUAUCGAUCCCAAGAAGAAUCAGAAACGAAAGAAAGACAAUGGUGACACUAAAGUUGAGAUCAUUGGUGUUCCAUCCGGUAGUGGCAGCUCUGCCAACAACAACAACAACAACAACAGUAUGUACGACGAUGACGACGAUGAAGAAGAUGAAGUCGUCCAGACCACCAGUAAACCAAUGAUUAUCGACCCAAAGAAGAACAAUUCAAUAUCACCAUCACCCGUUUUAAAUCAAAGUACAAAUAGUAAUAAUAUAAUUCAACAACAACAACAACAGCAACAACAACCACCACAAAAUGUAAUUUCAACAUCAAAUCAACCACUGCCGCCAGGAAUGAUUCAACUUCAACAAACAACACCUCAACAACAACAAGCAAUUAUGAUGCAACAACAAAUGAUUCAACACCAGCAACAACAUCUUCAACAUCUACAUUUAGCACAAAACCAACACCCAUCGCAACAACAUCACAUUCAUCCAAUGAUGCCACACCCCAAUGGACAAACACAUCAACCACUUCCACCCAAUUCAUUUUCCUCUAAUACCAACACUAAUGCACCUGAAUGGUUCCAAAAACCAAUAAAUAUUCCAAUUUUCAGAGAUAGAAAAACAUAG